CCGGCAAAGAGUAUUUUUGCCCGUCACGACUUCCCGUCUGCUACGUAGCAUCCCGGAACAGUUACCUUUUCUCCUGACACGUAGCAGCCGAAACCAAGUUGGCAGGGGCUCUGGUUAGGUUUAACAUCACAGAGUGAGAGAUGUCGGGGUUUGACAAUUUCAACACAGACUUUUACCAGUCCAGCUACAGCGUAGAUGACCAAAACCAGGCGGGCUAUGGCUACACCAACACUGAAACCCCCUACAACAAGCAAUACGGUCAGUACGACUACUCCCAGCCCAUGGGCUACCCUUCCCCAGGGAUGAUGCAGCCCCAGCAGCCAUACACAGGACAAAUCUUCCAGCCCACACAGACCUACACUCCAUCUUCGUCACAAUCCAUGUACAGUAGCAGCUUCGAUGACGAGCCGCCACUGCUAGAAGAACUGGGAAUCAAUUUUGACCACAUCUGGCAGAAGACCCUCACAGUGCUCCAUCCAAUGAAGGUAGCAGACGGCAGCAUCAUGAACGAGACAGACUUGGCCGGCCCCAUGGUCUUCUGUUUGGCCUUCGGAGCGACACUUCUCCUGUCAGGUAAGAUCCAGUUUGGGUACGUGUACGGUAUCAGUGCAAUCGGCUGCCUGGGCAUGUACUGCCUACUGAACCUCAUGAGUAUGACGGGCGUCUCCUUCGGCUGUGUGUCCAGCGUGCUGGGAUACUGCCUCCUCCCAAUGAUCCUCCUCUCCAGCUUUGGAGUCCUCUUCUCUUUACAGGGCAUGAUGGGAAUUAUACUAACGGCAGCGAUCAUUGGCUGGUGCAGUUUCUCAGCCUCAAAGAUCUUCAUCUCAGCGUUGGCCAUGGAUGGGCAGCAGCUGCUGGUUGCUUACCCCUGCGCUCUCUUAUACGGGGUCUUCGCACUCAUCUCUGUCUUCUAAAAAAAAUAAUUGAGUAACAGUUUAAAAUAACUGCCCCCCAGUUUCUGUAAUUUCAGUCUAAUUGGCGUCAGUGUAAUUAGUGUAAUUAUUGUUUAAUUACACUGUGAUUACAGAAAAUGGCACCAAGGGGUUUAGUUUUUUCUUCCUUUUUUUUCUUUUUAUAAGCCUCCACCUCUCACUACAUUCUGAGAUGACCAUCUGCAGACUGCAGUGUAUUGUCUCACUCAUGUCUUGUCUCCACCUUGCUCCCCUCAUACAUCUUAAAAAGCGGACUGUUGAAUAAACCUGGUGAUAAAUAACUCUGCUGCGGACUAUGGUGAGCCUGAAACGGCUUAGUACAGUCCUAUGUAGGGACUGGAGGGGAAGGAAGCAGGCUUUUAGUUCACACAAUGGAGAACCGAGGAGACAUUUUAAUUUGGACACAGACGGGGCAACAAAGGUUUGGAGUUUCUAAGAAGGACCAUUGACCAACCAUCAGCAAAUCCUGCAGCCCAAUGUGGAGCCAGGGGAAAUGGCACCUAUCGUGAUUCUUUUCAAAAACUGUUGGAAACACUUGAAGAUCCUGCAGCUACAUACUACGGGAAACACCCACUUUCCUUCCGCACAAGACUACACAACUCAUUCCGCUUCUCCACCCAGAAAGGGCAGAUGAAAUUUUGUGAGGGGUCUCCUCCUCUCUAUCCUCUUUUUCUCCUCCAGGACUGAAGAGUCACGAAUUUCAUUAUUUGCCCAUCACAGCAAUGAUCUGUUCUUUGCCGUGAAAUUCAUUUUAACGCCUCUGAAGAAGACCAAAAUACAGUUUGCACAAAAAGCAUGGUCUCUAAUUGUCCAAAGCAAACAAAUUUGAUUAGAUGCUGAGAAUAAAUAGUCUGAGAGAUACUGUAUGUUUCUAGGUACAGACACGUCUCUAUAGGUCGUUGCUAUAGUUUGCAUUUCCUGAACUCUUUCGUCUCCCUUUGUAUGCUUUGAUGUGUCAUCUGUUGUUCGUGUCUUCUAAUGCACAUUAAAGUUGUCUUUUUGAAGGUUAUCUGCCUUGUGACAUUAAAAGACGUCAAGCAUAGAGCUGUAAGAAGUGGUCUAACCUCUAUAUUAAAGAGACUGAAAGAGGGACUGUGGCAGAAGAAAGGCUUGUGAGCACAGGAUGAAGUGGGUGUAUGAUACAUAAUGACAGUUCUCACUAACCUGGGCAGACGUUAUCACUUCUGCUUGGUAGAUCAAACAAAAUAAUCUGCAUGCUUUGAUCCACACCAUUGUCAUUUUAUUGCUUCUUGGGUUUGGACCAUCAAGAUUUGAAAGGUGCACGUAGACGGGACAUGUUUGCACCUGUAGCACUAAAGCUUGGUUAGGUGAGGUCAGCAUUAACCACUGUAUCGCCUCUCCUAAAUAACACCCCUAACAUGUCCACUUCUUAAGUCAUGGGCUGCAGGCAUCUUAAAGGUUCAGGAUGGGUUAUUGGGUUUACUGGCAGAUGUCAGGUUCUUGUCAAAUUCACAAGCUAAAGUCAUAGUAAUGAUUGUGAUAUAAACAAAACACACACACGUCCUGAUAUUUCUAAAAAUCACAGAUCAGACAUUUGCAGAGAAUAUUGUUGCACAUUUGUCUGAUUUUUUUUUUUGCCAUCUGCAUCAGUGAAACCACACGCCUUCAAUGUCAGUUGUGUUUGACAGGAUAAAAAAAACACAGCUUCCAACUGUUCCCAGUGUGUGGUGGAGAGAUUGGUCAUCCUACAGUGCAACCGUGCUGAUUGACUUCCUUCUUCUAAUUCAAGCUUUAAAAGGCAAGAGCCCUCAUAAACUAAACAGGUUGACAAGAUGAAGUACUGAGUUUUAUGGUGAGAACCUAAUCCUCCUUCUCCCCUCUGGGUUUUCUUUGCAUUAACAUACACAAAACACAUACACAGGAGGGCUCCUUAAAUGGAUGAUAACCCACUUAGGUGGAAUGAAUAAUU